AUGCUUUUGGGUUCUGGAUUAUGCUCUGGUGAAUUGCGAGCCGUGGGUCUGUUGUGGAUUUCGCUACAGUCCGAGAACAGACUGCAGCUCAUCGACCCGGGCCGUAGCAGCCUGGAUAAGGCGCCGAUUGUCACCAGGACCAUUUACGUGCCAGCUCCGGGUAAGGGCCCGUGUAAGGACCCGCAUUAUAUCAUCGAGAUUGAUGGGCGCGUCUGGGCCGGGCUCAAGAACCCGUCAGAGCAGACGGGCGAAUAA